CAACACCAAUGCAAGGACCCUCCGUAUCCAUUCUCAGCAGCAAGAUUCUUCAAUCCUUCCUCCAGAACAAGAUCCACGCUUCCUCUGCGUCGAACCCGAACCCCGAUUCAAAGGCCCGGACAUUUGGAACAAGACCUGGUAUCCAAAAGCUGCCGAUCAUGUUAAUACGGAGAAAACAUGGUAUGUUGUUGAUGCUACAGACAAAGUUCUUGGCAGACUGGCGUCAACGAUUGCUAUUCAUAUCCGAGGGAAAAAUCUAGAAACCUAUACUCCCAGCGUGGACAUGGGUGCAUUUGUAAUUGUGGUGAAUGCUGAAAAGGUUGCUGUAUCUGGGAAAAAGAGAACCCAAAAGCUUUACAGGAGGCACUCUGGUAGACCUGGUGGUAUGAAAGUAGAGACAUUUGCUCAACUGCAGAACAGAAUUCCUGAAAGAAUUAUCGAACAUGCUGUUCGUGGCAUGCUUCCGAAGGGGAGGCUUGGGAGGAGGCUAUUCACCCACCUGAAGGUUUAUGAGGGUCCAGAUCAUCCUCAUGCUGCGCAGAAGCCCAUCGAACUGCCAAUUCAGGAUAAGAGAAUAUAUUUACAGAGAUAGAGAAACAGAAAGAAAUGCAUUUAUAAGAGUUUAUUUCGUAGAUCAUUGAGUUACUGGCCUCAUGUCUUUCAUUUAAUGUUUAUAUUGUCUGUAGAUGUAUUCGAUUAUGGUGUUGUUUUUGCUAAAGGUCCGUGGUUUGACUCUUAGAGAUAUGUAAUUUGUGUUUUUCUAAUUUGAUUCCAGUUAAUGGCAACGUAUUACAUUUUUUAUUUUU